CAAAAUUAGACCCUCAGAGAAAUUUUUUUUCUUUUGGGGUAGUCGAAAGAUAAGUUUAGCUGUUGAAGUUAGAGAGCUAAGGACGAUAAGGACAAGUUAUUUUUAGUACGUCUCUCCAAAUGGGUCCCUGAAGGAGAUUCUGGUAGUUCCUCUACCGACGAAAAAUGGCUGAGGCAAAGAGUUUGGGAGUGGUUGGCAGUGGGCAAAUGGGUUCAGGCAUAGCUCAGCUGGGUGCCAUGCAUGGUCUCCAUGUUUGGCUACUCGAUACAGACCCUACCGCACUUUGCAGAGUCAACAAAUCCAUCUCUUCUUCCCUUCAACGUUUUGUUUCCAAAGGCCAAAUCUCACAGGCUGCUUGUACUGAAGCUUUGGGGCGUCUGAAAUAUACUUCAAAUAUAGACGAGCUCCGAUCUGCAGAUUUCAUUGUUGAAGCAAUUGUAGAAUCAGAAGAUGUGAAGAAAAAGUUGUUCAUCGAACUCGAUAAGAUCACAAAGAGUUCAGCCAUUUUAGCAUCUAAUACAAGUUCCAUCUCCAUUACUCGAUUAGCAUCCGCAACUAGCAGACCAUGCCAGGUCAUUGGAAUGCAUUUCAUGAAUCCUCCUCCAAUAAUGAAGUUGGUUGAGAUUGUUCGAGGUGCAGACACAUCGGAUGAAACAUUUCAUGCGACAAAGGCGUUGGCGGAGAGGUUUCAUAAGACAAUAAUAUGCUCCCAGGACUAUUCAGGCUUUAUUGUGAAUCGAAUCCUUAUGCCAAUGAUAAAUGAAGCAUUUUUCACACUAUAUACUGGGGUGGCCACCAAGGAAGAUAUUGAUACAGGGAUGAAGUUAGGAACAAAUCAUCCAAUGGGUCCCUUGGAGCUUGCUGAUUUCAUUGGACUCGAUGUGUGUUUAUCGAUAAUGAAAGUUCUACAUGCUGGUCUAGGUGACAGUAAAUAUGCCCCUUGCCCUCUUCUUGUGCAGUAUGUCGAUGCCGGUCGUGUUGGGAGAAAAUGUGGUAUUGGGGUAUAUGACUACCGUAAGGGGUCUGAACCUAUAAAGGCAUCUCCCCGACUCUAAAUAUAUCUUGUUUCAUGGAUAAUGAAUACCAAAAGCAGUGCCUAAAUAAGGCUUGUAAGUCAUAUCGAGAACUUGUCAGUACAAGUUCCAGGAAUGAAGUGGUAUGGAAAUAUAUGUACAUUCUUUCUUUUUUCUUGACUGUUUCCAUUGAUUCCCUGUCUUAAAGUAAAGUAUGAUUGGGGGAAUAAGAUGGGGACUCUUCAAUUGGGAAACUUAUGCUUUAGAAAAUUAGGAAUCAGGGGUGGUAUAGUGGUGCAGUAAAGGAUAUACCACGCGUCUAUCAAAUAAGGACUGCUACAGAAACAUGCAGGAAAUUUUCAGGUAAAAAAUUGUAAUAAAGUUUCCCUGAUGAAACUGUUAAAAUCCCCUUGUGAACUACAUUGUAGAUGUGGCUAUGAUCUUUAAAAAAUUCUCUAAAUACAUAAAAAAAAACUUAAAUAUAUACCCGUAUCCAAAACUCAUGUAGGAGUGCAUGUAAAAGAUUAUAUCACUUUAGUGCUUGGUGCUCUGUUUGGGGAAAGCAUUAAUUGGUAGCUUACCUCAUUGAAAUUACUGCAUGUCGUACAGUACUUUCUUCAAGUGGGCUUAAUUUGCAGCCAACAGCAAGUUGUUCAGUUGAUUGACAUAGUGGCUACCUUUUAUCCUAAAGUAAAUGUCAUACAGCUGUCAGAUGCCAAUUGAAUCAAUAGUAAUUAAUAGAAAAAAACAAAGCAAAAAUUGGAUUAGAAUUCUUGAGAAACAUCAGUCUCGCAAUAGAAUAAACUACAUUUUGUCUGCAAAAAUUAACAAAAUCUCAAACCUUUAUGGUACACUUGGUUAUGAAUCAAGAUUAAGAUCUUAAUAUUGUUAUGGAUGAUUGUGUAUUUAAACUUCAAGCUCCUGAUAAUAAUGCAAAUGCAUGUGUCCCAUAUAGUGCUUGCCAGCUUAGGAACCUUUAGUGUAAGGCAAGGAAAUUCAAAGUAGACCCGCCCUUUUUCUCUAAUAGAUGACGGCCGAGGUGACCCACAUGGAGGAAACCCCUAACUCUUAUCAGGGGAACUAUGAACUUCAUCCUUUGAUCAUGGCUAAUAGUCCCCCAUACACACCAGGGGGCCACCAUCCUUCCCUAAUCCUAAAGUUGUCAUUAUUAGGCAGCUUCUUUAUUGAAAGUGAUUGAAUUGGAAUCCGAUAAAAUCUUGGAAAAAAAAAUAUAAACUACAUUAUUAGACAGAAAACCCAGAUAGAAAAAGCUCCCAACUUUUUUCUUUCUCUAUAAUUAAAAGGACUUUUAGGACAUAUUUUGGAACCAAGAAGAAGAACAGAAAGACAGGCAUGAAGUUCUUGUUUCAGUGUCCUUGCUGUUCUUGUUUCUGCUUCAUGAAGCCUAAGAAAGGGAAACCAAAGAUGAAGGAUGACAAGGCUGAGACAAAAAAGGAAGUGAAGGCUGAAAAAGAGAAGGAAGCGAAGGCUGAGUGAAAAUGAUGAUUUACUUACAUUAUAUUCUUCACUGCUGCUCAAGUAAAUUGUAUGUAACUUUUGUUUGAAUGAAAAAUGCUGCCUUGUCUUGGUUAUUGUAGUAUUAUUUGCUUGUACUGAUAAUAAACUUGACAUUUCUAUUA